AUGCUGGCCGGAUGGAGAGAGCUGUCCACAGGAAUAAGCGCUAUACUUUGUUGCCUCCUCUUCUUCUGGCUGCUGUACUCUCAUCCUCCCAAGGAAGGAAAAGAACUGGAAGUGGGUACCUGUGAAAUCACAGCACUGGACAGAGAUAUGAGCCAUCCCAAGAGGAUGAUUGCCAGGCAGACGGCACGGUGUGCCUGUAGAAGGGGCCAAGUCGCGGGGACAACUAAAGCAAAGCCUGCCUGUGUAGAUGCCCAGAUCAUUGUCAACAAGCAGUGGUGCGGGAUGGAGCCCUGUGAUGAUGGGGAACUCUGCACGUUGUUAAUAAAUCGUUCAGGCUGGAGCUGCACUAGGCAACUGGGACGAAUAAAGACGGUCACGGCAGAUGAUCCUGAGGUCAAUCUGUCCCAGUGGACCAUGGCUGGUGGGGACCGUAUUGUGGAAUUCCACAAGACUGAUGUUCAACAGGGGCCUUCAGCUUCCCGGGCUGCUUGA